AGCGUGGAAAGCGAAGGUCCUUCCCCGGGAUCCCGGGUGGCACUGGCGCUUCCGACGCGCGGCUCCGCGGAACCCUCGCAGCCCGCGCCCUGUGGGUCUCGCCUGGCCGGCACUCAUCGGUGGGACUUCGCCACCGAUCUGGCGUUUCUUCUUUGAUUUGGGGACAGUUCCCGCCAACGACGCCGGACGCACCUUAACAGCUGGCUCGGCGGGCGGGCGGGCGCCCCGUAGCCCUCCCCGCGCGUGCGGCUCUCGGCCCUGCCCUCCCCGACGGAGUGCGGCUCUCGAGGGGGCCCCUGACCGCCUAAAGCUUUCCUCGUGCGGCGGGAUUGGGGUGUCCGCCGCCGGCAUGGCCUUCACUUUCGCUGCUUUCUGCUACAUGCUGUCCCUGGUGCUCUGCGCCGCGCUCAUCUUCUUCGCCAUCUGGCACAUCAUUGCCUUUGAUGAGUUAAGGACGGAUUUCAAGAGCCCCAUAGACCAGUGCAACCCUGUUCAUGCGAGGGAACGACUGAGGAACAUUGAACGCAUCUGCUUCCUACUGCGAAAGCUGGUCCUGCCAGAAUAUUCCAUCCACAGCCUCUUCUGCAUCAUGUUCCUGUGUGCGCAGGAGUGGCUCACCCUGGGGCUGAAUGUCCCGCUGCUUUUCUACCACUUCUGGAGGUAUUUCCACUGUCCAGCUGACAGCUCUGAACUAGCCUAUGACCCUCCAGUAGUCAUGAACGCCGAUACCCUGAGUUACUGCCAGAAGGAGGCCUGGUGUAAGCUGGCCUUCUAUCUCCUCUCCUUCUUCUACUACCUUUACUGCAUGAUCUACACGUUGGUGAGCUCUUAACUCAAAGACCACACACGUCAUCCAAGAUUGGCAGCAGGGAGGCCCCAGACUGAGAAGUCCAUUUCCGCUGGUGACUGGAGAAGGGCACAGAGAGGACAAGGGUGGG